AUGCCUGCACUCAGAAACAAUGCCGCAGGUCCAGGGCGUAAACACAUGCAAACUUCUGCAUCUACCAUCAAGGUCCAAUGUCAAUAUUGUAACGAGGCUUACACAUCCAGAGGCAUCAAGUCACACGAGAAAAGCUGCCUUCGACGGAAGGAAAAGAGGAAAGAGGACAGAGAAUUUGCACGGGCUGCAGUACACUCAAUACUGAACGAAGGAGAACACAAACAUCAUCGCAACAAGAAAUAUCACCCCACUGGUGCAUCUGCUCAAGCCCCUGUGCUUGCAGACUCAUCAGGAGGUGCAGCUGCAAUGGAAUCUGUUCCUACUACUGUACUUGACUCAGACGUGUACGAUCAUGACGUUGGUGGCCACGAUUAUCCUGCUGCAGGGCUGGAAGGGGGUCUUGAUGACACGCAGAGCAUUGAGGCUGAGGCACGACAAUGUUCCAACUCUGAUACAAGCAUGGCUAGCGCCUCUGCAGGGGCAGCACCUCCUCCAGGUCUCAUUCCAGUUUCUGCCGCUACAGCAACGACAUCAGCCCGUUCCGACACAUUUAAGACAGAAUUCCAUCCCCACAGUGGUCGCCCUGAAACUGUCGAGACGUUUUCUGCUUACGGGGGUGGAUUGGCAACACGUUCACCCAUUGUUGAUGAUACACCUUGGCACCCUUUUACUUGUUGUGCAGACUUCGAGUUCGCUGAGCUCGCUCACAAAGCCGUGCUGAAUAAGGACCAGACUAACAAGCUGUUGAAGUUCAUCUGGCGAGUUGCAGAUGGACACACAAAGUUUUCGUUCAAAACACACGCAGAUGUUAUGACCGCGUGGGCUAGGUUGUCUACCCAGUUGACACCAUUCCAAAAACACAUUAUACCCGUUGAGUACAAGAAGGAGGUGAUCAAGUAUGAAUUUUAUUCGCAGCCUUUGUGGGACUGGGCAAUGGACCUAUUAGCCAAUCCGUUGUUGGCUCCGCACUUUGUCUGGGACGCUCAGCAGCUUUAUAAGCACGAUGGGACUUGCUUUGAGCGCUUCUUCCACGAGCCAUGGACGGGAGACCGCUGGUGGAAUCUCCAAUCAUCAUUACCUGAGAAUGGAGCGCCAUUUGCGUUCAUACUAUAUGCCGACAAAACUCAUCUCUCGUUGGCUGGUACUGUCAAAGCAUACCCGGUAAUCGCCCGUUGCGGGAAUCUACCAGUUGAUAUCAGAAAUGUUGAUGGUACCGGAGGAGGGCGCAUGGUCGGGUGGUUACCAAUUGUUCCCGAGGACUCAGACGAAGACAGCAAACUUUCCUAUACAAAUCUGAAGCGUGUCGUAUGGCACGAGUCAUUUUCAAUCCUACUUGUAACUAUCAUACUCUUAUCUGCAACUGGCUUCGCACACGAGUGCUACGACAGAACUCAACGCUGGCUAUUUCCCUUGAUUCUGAUCCUAUUAGCCAAUUACGAAGAGCAGUGUGUGAUGGCGCUAAUACGGGGCCUCAAAUCUGGCUGUCCUUGCCCCGUUUGCCUGGUCCCAAGAGAAGCGCUCACCGACCAUUCAACAACUUACCCGAAGCGCACCGUUGAAGAUGCACAAAAUCGGGUCGCGUUAUGGUCCAGAGACCAUGUUGUGGGCGAGGCAGAACUGAAAAAACAGAGCUUGAGGCCUAUCAAGAAUGCAUUUUGGAAGGUUAGGCUGUCAGACCCGCACGAUGCGCUCUCGCAAGAUCCGCUACAUGUUUACCAUAAGGGAAAGUUUGGUGAUCACUUAUUUGAUGAGUGCAAGAAACACCUCAAGGCACUGGGACGUGUUGCUGAGAAGACGGUUGAUGAACAGUUCCAGGAUAUAUCUAAGCAAAUCGUGUACACAGCACAGAACGUGCUCACACGUGCGGAAGAUGAAGCUGGCUAUGCACUUUUAAAGUGCAUAGUGAGCUAUCUUCACAUUGAUAUGGAGAAAGGAGCAGCUCGAAACUUCAGCACCAGACCGAAUGAGAAGCAACAUGGACCGAUUAAACGUGCAUACAAAUUGCAAACAAACGGGAAGGAUAUCAUACUUCGACUAGAUCAUAUGACAUUUGUCUCCAGGCUCAUCUGGAGCCGCAUCGACUACCUUGAUGAAGAGCGACAUAAGGUCAUGCUCUCAGAGCGAGAACUUGAGGAAGAAGACCUAGAUGAUCAGCCUUUUGGCGGACAUAUUUACCUUGGCACCCCACAACACUCACUAACCCUUUUGCAACUCAAUGAAGAGAACACCUCCAACCCUGCCUUGCGCAGUUCCGCAAGAAACUUUCAUUGUUCCUCAACAACUUUCUACCUGCCCACAACAUACCACUUCCUGACGGAAAAACGUGGCUAA